AUCGUAAAAGAAACUCCGGUGCGAGACCACAGCCAAAGGCGGGAAGAGGUCCCGGAUGUGCAUUGUCGUUCUUUCUUCGUGACAGAAAUUUCACAGGCAGACAUGGUACGAAUAUGUAAUGAACAGAUUAUGGACGGUCAAUACUUCUCAAGCUUCUGAAUCGUUUGGAUAUGAAAAUUAUCGUGCUGAAGAUAUUUAUACGUGUCUGGGGGAUCCUACCAGACAACUUGUAUAACCAAUCAGAAACCAGUCUGCGAUUCUCCGCCAAUCAACGAUCAAAUUGGCGUGUUGCUUUCUACCACGUCCGUAAUAGGGAUGUCUGAAUCUUAAUUUGCAUACGGCAGCAUAUAAACAUGUUAUGGUGGGUCCGGUGAGGCCGGAGUUGCGUCCUUGACUGGUUUGCGUGGGGUGCGGAUCCAUUGUGUACAGGUGUGAGUUGGACUGUCAGGUUGACUGAGGGACGACGGGACGCUAGAUUCUUGGUCGUUUUGUUAGCAGUGUCUUGUGCUAAGGAUGGAGACACCAUCGGAGAUGUCGGGAUAUGUGCACAACGUGUCGCCAAUGAAAGACGGGGCAAAGUCAAAGUUUUUCCGGUUUGAUUUUCAAACUUCAGAAGACGAGUCUAGGAAAGGAAUCUGUUUUAGUCCUCAGAAGAGGAGUUUCUUUUGUGAGAAAGAACAGAGCAGCAGCCCAUGCAAAAUCAGUAAAGUGAGCAGUUGUUCGAUGAGAUCAAGCGACUUUGUGGUUAAUGAGAAGAGUUCCGUGGAGUCGACAGCAGAUGUGGGAUUUCCAGCAAAACGACCUAGUAUUAGGUCUGUAAGUGUUAAGGACAUUAGCUACCUCUCUGUGAAUGAUGUUGUAAGAGUCAAUGUGAAGGUGCUUUCCAUUGAUAAAACAGAGAAAGUUACAGUUAACUCAGGUGAUGAGCGAGAGAAGACAGAUGUUAUCGUAGGUGACACAAGUGGAGCUGUUCGCUUGUGUGUUUGGCAGCCACAUGUGUUAGAGUUAGGGCGUAGCUAUGGUGUGGACGCUAAAGUUAAGUUGUUUGCCAGAAGACGAUUUCUGAGCACGUUUCCUGAGUCAGUGGUGAACGAAGUAGGUCCUAUAUAUGCCCCAGAUGGGAUUCAACAGAUAGACCAGGUCAGAGCAACCGGUACAAUCAUUGGAAGUCAAGUACUUAGCAGGUUUUACAAAUGUAACUCAUGUAAAAGGAAGAUCGAUCCGACAGAAACAAAGUUUCUGUGUUGCCCUCACUGCAACAUGAAGCAGUUGCGAGAGCGAUCCAAGGAAGAAAUGAUUGUGAAAGUUGUUGUUGAUGAUCAUGGUAAACAUGUACAUUUAACAUGUUUUUCCAGUAUCGUAUCUACAAUUAUUGGUGAAGAUUCAUUGGCAAUGAAGAGUGACGAUGUUGAGGAGAAGUUGUUGGAACAAGAGGAAGUGGAAUUGAUGUAUGAUGCAUUCAGCAAUACUGUGAAUUCUGUUGGGGAUUAGUUGAUGCAUGUUAUGAUACCAAUAUUGGUGUUUUUAUUGUAUGUUUUAGUUUUUUAAAUUGAUCCAUCAGAGGUAAAGAUUUUGUGUUGCCUUUUUUGCCAUAUGAAGCAGUUGCAAGAUCAAUGCAAGGAAGAAAUGGUUGUGGAAGUUGUUGUGGAUGAUCAUGGUAAACCAGUACAUUUGUCAUGUUUUUUCAGUAUUAUAUUUACAAUUAUAGUUGUAGGUUGAUUGCCAAUGAAGAGUGACAAUGUUGAGGUAUGAUGCUAUUGAUGUAUGGUGCAUAGAGCAAUACUUUUUGUUUUGUUGGUGAUUAGUUGGUGCAUGUUAUGAUACCAGUAUUGUUUUUUUUUUCUUGUAUGUUGUAUUUUUUUAAAUUGAUUCAUCAGAGAUAAAGAUUUUGUGUUGCCUUUAUUGCCAUAUGAACCAGUUGCAAGAUCAAUGCAAGGAAGAAAUGGUUGUGAAAGUUGUUGUGGAUGAUCAUGGUAAACCAGUACAUUUGUCAUGUUUUUUCAGUAUUAUAUUUACAAUUAUAGUUGUAGGUUGAUUGCCAUUGAAGAGUGACAAUGUUGAGGUAUGAUGCUAUUGAUGUAUGAUGCAUAGAGCAAUACUUUUUGUUUUGUGUGAUUAGUUGGUGCAUGUUAUGAUACCAAUAUUGAUUUUUUUUGUAUGUUUUAGUUUUUUUAAAUUGAUCCAUCAGAGAUAAAGAUUUUGUGUUGCCUUUAUUGCAAUAUGAAGCAGUUGCAAGAUCAAUGCAAGGAAGAAAUGGUUGGGAAAGUUGUUCUGGAUGAUCAUGGUAAACCAGUACAUUUGUCAUGUUUUUUCAGUAUUAUAUUUACAAUCAUUGUUGUAGAUUGAUUGCCAAUGAAGAGUGACAAUGUUGAGGUAUGAUGCUAUUGAUGUAUGAUGCAUAGAGCAAUAUUGUUUUCUUUGUGAUUAGUUGGUGCAUGUUAUGAUAGCAAUAUUGAUUUUUUUUCUUGUAUGUUUUAGUUGGUUUUUCAGCUGAAAGUUGUCAUCGUCUUGAGCAUGUUGUUAAGCUCUGCAGGACUCUUUUUCACUCAAGUUCAUAGGUGCGCAAGAUUUGUAUGUUGACGCCUUUACUGCUGGAGUGGCAGACAUAGUUGAGUGUGGUUCAGGGUUUCCAGGAUAAGGCUUUCCUUAUUGUUAUCCGACAACAUUUUGUCAAAAAGAAAAAGUCUAUAUCAAAACAAAGCAAAAAUUGAUGCAAAUGAUGCAUUCCUAUUCUGAUCAAAAAGCGAUCACACAAAAAAAACGAUCACAACGGCCCAAACUGUGUACCUCUGAACCACUUAGGAGGAAUUACAUGUAAUCACCUGUAAACACAAAUUUCAGUUCCUAUAAAAAUCACACAUAUCACUUCCCGACCUCGAUUUAGUUGUUGCAUGUUAUGAUAACAAUAUUGAUUUUUUCUUGUAUGUUUUAGAUGGUUUUUCAGCUGAAAGUUGUCAUCGUCUUGAGCAUGUUGUUAAGCUCUGCAGGACUCUUUUUCACUCAAGUUCAUAGGUGCGCAAGAUUUGUAUGUUGACGCCUUUACUGCUGGAGUGGCAGACAUAGUUGAGUGUGGUUCAGGGUUUCCAGGAUAAGGCUUUCCUUAUUGUUAAGUCUCUUUAGCGUUAUAAUGUACAACCCUACGUGUUUGAAAUCAUGAAAGUUGUAGGAUGUACAAAGAGUGAGGAGACUUUUGUUAUAUUUUUGUUAUGAGGCCUUGAGGCCUUUGGUUAAGUUAUCUUAUGUUAGUUACGUGGUUUUGAGGAAUUUAGUUAAGCCAGAGUCACUGUUGCAGAUAUUGCUAAGUGUGUUACAUGGUUUUGAUGAUAAGGCUUUUGUUAUUGUAAGUGUCUUUUAGUGUUCAUAAUGUUUACCUAAGUGUUUGAAAUCAUGAAAGUUGUAGGAUGUACAAGGAGUGAAAACACUUUUGGUAUACUUUUGUUAGUUAUGAUAUAUAUAUAUAUCAAUGGUUGAAGAUGGACCAGUUUGUCAUUGUGACAUCAUGUUGGUUAUAUGUUGUUUGGCUACAGAAUUAAAGUUGGUUAUAAGAAAGUU